CGCAGUGUGUCGCUGGGUAUAAAGCCUCGACGCAGAUGUUCCAAGAAUACGCAUCGAGCCUUCCACACUCUAUCCAUCCCUCGGCCACCUCGAUACAUCGCACCACUUCCAGCACCAAUGACGACCACCUUCAAGAACACCAAUGAGAGCCGCCCCGUUCACGCAAACGAGCAGCUCUGGGCCAACUCCAUCGGCUUCCACAACUCCUACGUGAUCCACAAGGAUGAAGGGAUCGACGCCGCCAUCGCAAACAGUGAGAACAACGAACUUCCGCAGAUAGCUGUUGCCGCGAACGAGGGCAAGUUCCUCAAGCUCGCCGCGCAGACUAUCGGCGCCAAGCGCGUUCUCGAGGUCGGAACGCUCGGAGGUGUCUCGACGAUCUGGAUGGCGCGCGGUAUCCCCAAGGAUGGGCGUAUCGUUACGCUUGAGGUCAAACAGAAGCACGCAGACGUCGCCAAGCAGAACUGGGAGUUGGCCGGCGUCGCAUCCCAGAUCGAGGUCAUCGUCGGCGACGGUGUCGAGACCAUCAAGAGCCUCCGCCCAUCCGAACCAUUUGACCUUGUCUUCAUCGACGCAGACAAGAAGAGCAACCCGACAUACUAUGCGGAGGCCAAGCGCAUGCUCCGCAGCGGAGGUGUUAUCAUCGUCGACAACGUCGUGCGUGACGGCCGCGUCGCGGACCUGAGCAACGACGACCCGACCAACGUUGGCAUCCGCCAGAUGGUAGCAUUGAUCAAGGAGGACAAAGAGGUGGAUGCGACCGUGAUCCAGACGGUUGGGGAUAAGGGAUUCGAUGGGUUCCUGUACGCAAGGAAGCUGUGAGGUUUGGUAGUAGCGUCAGGACGACGCUGAGUGCGACGAUCUCGGAUUGUUCACCUAAACGCUUGAACGACGAGAUACUGUAAAAUAUACCUCCUGAAAUAACGAAGCGAUGUAUGAUCCGGCGUAUCGAGUUGCGUAUGAAGCGCAAAGAAGUGCUAUUGGACCCAGGAGACGCCGAGCUUCGGUCGCCGCGUGCUCCGAUUCAUAGAUGUCUGCGUAGGAACCUAGACACACAACACAGCCUUGUGAGCGUCAGCGACGAUCCAAAUUCCUACCACCAUCUCCUCGAAGCUGUUGCAGCCAUGGUCCGUGACUUUUCACCUAGCGAGAACUGGGGUAAUGGGAACAGUGGGUCACCGCCAUCGAGGGCUGCACCGAGAGCUACCUACCCAAACACGGUAUGUCCUUUAAAACAUACAUCCAGUCCGUCACCAGCGUCCUCAUUGGCUUCCUCGGACCGACAAUGACCAAGCUCGAUCCGCAAGAUGUUGCGGCCGUCACCACGUUGCUCGCCAAACUAUGCAUGCCGGAGCACGGACCUGGCCGCCCGGAGCAGCUCGAGAGGGUGCACAGCGUCCUCCGGCCGUAACUACACGAGCGCUACGAGAAUACGCUCGACUUCAUCAUGCCAGCGUAUGAGACGAUAUGGAGUGUGGUUGCGUCGACAGUGGCGAUGGUGUACGAGGAGGACGCAUACAAGGCCGCGUUCCUCGACUUCGGGGAGAACCCUACGCCUCAUCAGCUGGAGGCACCUAGGCAGGGAGGGAGGAUGCCGGGCUCCGAAGCGGUGGUCAUGGAAGUGCUGCGGAUGCAUCCGCCAAACCGCCAGAUGUAUGUGGAGACGCCGCUCAUCUCAUGGCCGUUCACUAUCUCUGUCGUCCGCGUCGCAGACAUCGAAAUAGUGCGACGGUGGAAGCAUGGGGAGACGAUGCAAACACGUUCAGCCCUCGCAAGAGGAGGUUGACUCAGGAUCGACAAAGCGAAGACAGGCAGAUGCUGGCGUUCGGACAUGGGAGGUUGAAGCGCGUUGCGGCGAGGUGGGCGCCGAUUGCGGUGGGGAUCAUUGUCGCAAAGGUCUUGGAGAACGAUACACCGAUGCCUCUAGCCUACAAUAUCCUUCUUAACAUUUUCUUCUUCUGUCCGUGUUCAUUGGCUCCUUGA